AUGUUCAGCGUGACAGAAGCGUGUAUUUCUCAAUUCUUAAAACGCUGGAAGGCUCAGGGUGGCUUUCCCGUGAGCCACCGCACUGGAAGACCACGUGUCACUGAUCCCAAUGACGAUAGAAACAUUUUGAGGACCUCUAGAAGCAAUCCAAGACUCACUGCCCCUGCGAUCAGACGGGAAGUUUUCGUGAAUUCGCCAUCUCCACCAUCCGUCUCGACCGUGAAACGCCGUCUAAAUGCUGCUGGAAUCAUGGGCAGACGUCCAGUAAAGAAACCGUUGAUUUCUGAGAAGAACCGAUCAGCCAGAGUGAAGUGGGCAAAGGAUCACCUCAACUGGACCCGACAAGACUGGAACAGGAUUCUGUGGUCCGACGAAAGCAAAUUCCUGCUCUUCGGGAGUGACGGAAUUCAGUGGGUUCGUAGACCAAUUGGUUCCAGAUAUGAUCCAAAAUAUCAACUGCCGACUGUGAAACACGGUGGAGGUUCGUGCAUGGUGUGGGGUGCCUUCUCUGGAAAUGGCAUCGGGCCGAUUCAUCGCGUGAAGGGCAUCAUGGAUAAGAACGUCUACAAAGACAUUCUUCAAGACCAGAUGUUGCCGCACUUGAGAGCCAUGGGUCGUGGGAGUGUAUAUCAACAGGAUAACGAUCCAAAGCACACUUCUCUCUUUGUCAAGGUGAGAAAAUUGACAAGUAAUCCGUAUUAUGUUGAGUUUCAGGAUUGGUUCAAGAGCCGUCGGGUCAACGUCAUGGAGUGGCCAAGUCAAUCUCCGGAUCUCAACCCGAUCGAACACCUCUGGGAGGAGUUGGAGAGACGUUGUGCUAACAAAAGAGCCAAGAAUUGCGACGAGAAGUUCGCCCAACUGCAGUCAGAAUGGAAUAAGAUCCCCAUGUCGACCAUCGACACUUUGAUCGACUCAAUGCCCAGAAGAUGCCAGGCAGUUAUUGAUGCCAAGGGCUUUGCAACGAAGUACUAG